CAUCUUCAUCUUCUAACUGUCCUACUUCUGAUGUUACAUCUUCUGAUGCUACAUCUUCUGGCUUAACAACUUCAAACGGUUUGACAAAAACGCUGGCGCAAGCAAUUGAGCUUGCAUCGGACUACUUAGCUCAACUAGAUGUCAUAGAUCUAACAUCAGAUUCAGUACAGGGUAUACUAAAAAUGUGUACAACUGAAGAAGAAUAUGAAAACAUCAUAUCAUCUGUAAAUGUCAAAGAAGUAGAAAUCACCGAAAGUGCCAAGAACCUUAUCCAAGCAAUUAAAGAUGUUAAAGUUUACUCCUGCAAAAGCCUGCGCAACACGUUGUACGCAAAUGGAUAUAAGCAAGACCAUAAUGUCAUUAAUGAUUAUGAUAUUGGCUUAAUAGAAAACAUGGUUAAGCAUUUCCUGGACUUGAUUGAAUCACCAAAAAAUCCUUUGAAUAGUACCAUACUCGAAAGAUCAGCAGCAGUACAAACAAGCAUCGUCAUCACUAACCAGCUAUUUCUGGCUGUGAAUGAUAUUGUAGAGUUAGGUUGGCUUGAAAGAGAAUAUUUUGGCACCAAUAAAACAAAGUGGGAUGGAGUACUGUUUAAAACAGGUGAUCACAAAGUAUCCCCUGGCUUUGUUGAGUUCUCUGGCGGAGUGAAUGACGCUACUACUCCAGAAAAAGAACGACGCGAUGCGAAGAAACUAUACAGCAUGAUGAUUGAUGUAAUGAACCGAUAUCCUGUUAAUGUCAAAAAACAAAUAUUUUGCAUAAGAAAAUAAGAUGUUUUUUGAGGAGCUCGUGGUACAUGAAGAAGCUAUGUUCAGGAUCCAACAUGCAGCAAUCAUUGUUCCCAGAACGAUUCGACAACUUGUCAAAUUCACUUCAGAAAUACCCAAAUUGAUAGGUUGGAAAGAUGCUGUGGUUAAACAAAUCGAGCAAUUUUAAU